UAUAAUGGAUACACAUCGCAAUUACGAAAACUUAGAUUAUGCUAUAGGAUUUGGCAAUCAUGUUGAAACAGAAGCAUUAAAGGGAGCAGUGCCAAAAGGAUAGAAUAGUCCUCAAAAGUGUGCUUACAAUUUGAUAGCCGAAUAAUUUUCAGGCACAGCCUUCACAUUGACCAGAGCAAGCAACCAAAAGACCUGGCUAUAUAAAAUUAGGCCCAGUGCUGCUCACAGUCCCUUUGUAGAAGCUCCUGAAUUUGGAAAAUACGUAAAAAACGAUUUUAUGAAUGAUCAUGGACUGACCAUCACUCCUAAUUAACUAAGGUAAAUAUCAAAAAUAUAAUUAUCAGAUGGAAACGAUUACCCCUGCCAGAAAAACCUACAACAUUUGCUGAAGGUUUGGUCACUGUUUGUGGAGCAGGUGAUCCUUCCAUCAAACAAGGAAUAGCAAUAUAUUUAUAUGCUGCCAAUAAGAGUAUGACUAACUCUAGUAUGUUUAACAGUGACGGAGACUUCUUAAUAGGUAUAUAUUCUCAUUAAAUCUAGUGCCUUGGGAAGGAGAAAUGUUAAUAACCACAGAAAUGGGAAAAUUGACUGUGAAACCAAGAGAAAUCUGUGUCAUUCCUCGUGGAAUCAAGUUUAGUGUAGAAAUGACUAAACCAAUAAGAGGAUACAUAUGUGAAGUCUUCAAAGGUCAUUUCAAAAUCCCAGAUUUGGGACCUAUUGGAGCAAAUGGUUUAGCCAAUCCAAGAGAUUUCUUGGUUCCAGUUGCUUUCUAUGAGAAUACUGAGGAAGAAUUCUAAAUUAUCAAUAAAUAUUUGGGAAAAUUCUAUAAAUGUACAAAGAAAGGAUCUCCUUAUGAUGUUGUCGGAUGGCAUGGAAAUUAUUACCCAUACAAAUAUAAUCUAGAUCUUUUCAACGCUAUGGGAACUGUUACUUUCGAUCAUCCUGAUCCCUCUAUAUUCACAGUCAUUACAUGCUAAACUGAUGAACCAGGGUACUAAUAUACAUAUUUUUCAAAGAGUUGCAGUGUGCGACUUUGCUAUUUUUCCACCAAGAUGGAUGGUUGCAGAACACACCUUCAGACCACCCUAUUAUCAUAGAAACAUUAUGAGCGAAUACAUGGGAAACAUUUCUGGUUAAUAUGAUGCCAAAGAAGAUGGUUUCCAACCUGGAUAUGGCUCACUACAUAGUCUUUUGUAAGGUCAUGGUCCUGAUCAUGAAUCAUUUGAAAAAUGGUCAAACGUCGAUUUACAAGUACUUAUACUCCAAUAUUUCUAUAGCCAAUAAGAUAUCCAUAUGAAAAUUUGGCAUUUAUGUUUGAAAGUACCUACAUGUUUAAGACAUGUUCAUUUGUCAUGGAUGAUCAAGUCAGCUUGGAUCAUGACUAUUUCCACGUAAUUUAUUUAUCAAUAUUGAUUUAAGUGUUGGGAUAAAUUGGCACAUAACAAAUUAGGAGAUAAACCUUGA